UGACAGCAGCUAGCUACCAAAUUAUCAAUUCACAGUAAUUGUUAAUCCAUUCUUGAUUUUUCUUAUUCUGUGUUGUUAGUGACAUGUUGGAAAAAGAAUUACAAUUUACAAUCGUAACUCACUUUUGAAAACAAAACAAUAUUAAGUAACUUUUAUUUGUAUAUAUUUUAGGAAAUUGACAAUAAAUGUUUUAUACAGAGACAGAUUUUGUUACCCAAGCCUUGUUAAGAAUCUUCAUAGGAAACAUCUCUGCAAACUGAUGUGCAAGAAUUUGAGGUUAUAAAAUACAAAAAUAUUAUUUUGAUGUAACAUAUCAUAAAAGCCUUAACCAUGUUCUCGUGCAACAAAUGUGAAUAUGAAGGCCCAGCAAAUGUAAGACCAUUUCAUUUAAAAAUGCAUCUAAAAGAAACAGCUGGAGCUGCAAUUUAUACCUGUAACAUCUGUUUGUACAAAUGUCCAGAUGAAGCUAUAAUGGAGCAUCAUAAGAAUUCUCACAUUGAAACUGAAUGUGAGAACAUAAAUGAAGGAGAGGUAGCUUUUGAAAACAAUUUUGACUAUCACAUUGAAAUAGAGCGCCAAGCAAGCAAAUAUAUUUGUGAUAUCUGCCAUAAAAGCUUUGCAAAAAAAUAUUGUCUGGAUCUUCACUAUAGAAUUCACAAUAACGAAAGACCUUUUGUGUGUCCAUACUGUGAUAAAGGGUGGAUACAAAAAAGUGAUUUAGAAAAUCACUUGCGUGUACAUACAGGUGAACGUCCCUUUUCAUGCAAUGUUUGUAAUGCAACAUUCGCUAGAAAAACUAAUUUAAAUAUGCAUUUGAGAAAGCAUUCAGGGAAACUGCCAUAUUCUUGUAAUAUAUGUGAAAAGAAAUUUAACUACAAGCAAGGAUUAGACUAUCAUUUGCGGAUACAUUCUGGUGAACGCCCAUAUGUUUGUGGUGUUUGCAAUGCUACCUUUAAACAAACUUCUACAUUAAGAUACCAUAACAUAAUGAAACACUCGGCGCAAUUAGAAUUUAAAUGUGAAGUGUGUAAUAAACAAUUUUCUGGCCGAAGUAAUUUCAUUAUCCAUUGUAAAAGUCAUACUGGAGAAAAACCCUAUACAUGUGAGUACUGCAAAAAAAAAUUUACAAAAAAGUUCUUGCUGGCUAACCACAUUCGAACUCACACAGGUGAAAAGCCCUUUGCAUGUAAUUUGUGCAAUAAAAGUUAUAGUCAACGAGUUAGUUUAAACUAUCAUAAAAAAAAACACAUUGAGAAGCCAUUUGAAUGUUUCUUAUGUGACAAGAAAUUUGCAACAAAGAAUUUGUUAGAUGAACAUAUUAGUACUCAUGUUGAUGUCAUAAAAAAAGUUGAACCUGAAGAAACUGAAGAAAGCGAAGCUGACGAUUUCUAUCUUUUGAUUGUAUAGUUAAUGUAAAAGUAGACAAUGCUACCAUUGUUCAAUAAUUUAAUUUUUAUUAAACUAGAUUAAUAUUCUCUCUUCUUAAUUUGUCAAAACUUGAUAUUGAUUUUAUACUUUAGAUAUUUGGUUUCUAUCCAACAUACAGUCCAAUAACAAUAAUGCUUGAGAAGUUAAUAAAUGCGCAUCUGUGUUAAGACUAAAAGCAUAUAAAAUUGGGAUAAAGUCCAUAUUGAACCGUAGCUACAUAAAAAAUAUGCAUUGUUUACUGAUGUUUAGUCUAACCCUUCAAUUCAAAGUUAUGAUUUAGCGCUAAUUUUGACUUCCAAUCAAAAUGUGUUUGAACAUACUAAGCACUAAGUCUUGACUCUGAAUCUUAUCCUAAUCCUUAUAAGAGCUGUAUAUGAGAAUUAUUACUUUAUGUCCAAAUAAGCUAAAUUUUCUCCUAAGCUAACUUGACCUGUUCUUGGGUAACACAUAGUGAGACUUAGAGGUUUGAUUUCCAUUACUAAGCAAUGGGAUUGUUGACUUAUUUACUAUUGUGUAAUAUGUUAUGGCUUCUUUGAUAAUUCUUUAAAUAUUUGGACAUGAAUUAAUAAUUUUAUAAUUAGAAGAAUGGUAUGAAAGUAAUAUUUAUUGAUUAGUUGGAGACAGUGGUUUUUUCGACUAAAGACCAAAUAUAAAGUGAUACUCAAAAUCCUUGCAAAUUUUCAAAGUAACAAUGUUUUGAAGUGAAACUUCUUUAUCGGGGUUUUUUAAUAUGGUAGUUUAUAAAGCUAGUGGGUACUUCUUUCAAUAAUAAAAAAACUAUUUUGUCCUUAGGGUUAAAGUCAGAGCUUUAAGUCCUAUUCAGGUGUUUUGGUUAUUUGAACACUUAUAUUGUUACAAUUUGGUUAUUUCGUUUUUUAGUACAUAAGAUAAAUUUAUUCUUAAGUGUAAAUUAUGUCACCAACAAUUUUAAAAAAAAAGUUUGAACCAUAGUUUUAAUAUAUUGCGUGAAAUAAAUCAUGAUUAUAUUUAAAA